AUGGUUGAUGAACCAGAUAUGGUUGAUGAACCAUUUAUAGUUGAUGAACCACUUAAAUUUGAUGAAUCACUUUUGUUUGAUGGACCACUUAUAUUUAAUGGACAAUUUAUUGCGGAUGGGCCACUUAUAGUUGAUGAAUCACUACUAGUUGAUGGACCACUUAUAGUUGAUGGACCACUUACUUUUGACAGACCAUUUAUAGUUGAUGAACCAUAUAUAGCUAAGGAACCACUUAAAUUGAUGGACGACUUACAGUUGAUGGUUGAGGGACCACUUAUAGUUGAUGAAUCACUUAUAGUUGAUGAACCACUUACAGUUGAUGGACAAUUUAUAGUUGAUGGACUACUUUUUGUUGAUGAACCAUCUAAUGUUGAUGGACCAACAAUAGGAGAUGGAACAUUUAUAGUUGAAGGACCGUUUAUAAUUGAUGAACCAUUUAUAGCUGAAGAACCAUUUACAGAUGAUGAACCAUUUAAAUUGACGGAGCAUUUAUAG